AAAUAUCAUCUCCGAGUUUAGCUUUUUUUUUUUUUUUUCGAGCGGAGGAGAGAUAUGCAAUUGAUGGCGCUAAACACGGCGGCCAUUUCCAUGGCGCCGCCACAAGCUUUAGAUCCUUCUCCGUCCUCCUCCUCUUUCCUUCAGAGCUUGAGCUCGCGACGGGCUUUUGUUCUCGUACCUAGAACUCGACGGGGAUUAUCAUCUAGGUCUCUCUCUACUCGACAGCUUUUCCGACGAUCCAAAGUUGUAAAGGCGGUGGCAACGCCAGACCCAAUCUUGGAAGUACCCCUCACUGAGGAAAAUGUUGAAAGCGUUUUGGACGAAAUCAGACCAUACCUUAUGUCUGAUGGUGGUAAUGUGGCGUUACAUGAGAUCGAUGGAAAUAUUGUGCGAGUUAAGCUGCAGGGAGCUUGCGGGUCAUGCCCAAGUUCUACUAUGACAAUGAAGAUGGGUAUUGAGCGUCGCCUAAUGGAAAAGAUCCCUGAAAUUGUGGCUGUGGAAGCAGUUCCAGAUGAAGAGACUGGCCUUGAAUUGAAUGAGGAAAAUAUUGAAAAGGUACUUGAAGAAAUCAGGCCAUACUUGAUCGGAACAGCAGAUGGGUCGCUUGAUCUGGUGGAAAUCGAAGAUCCCAUAGUAAAGAUAAGAAUCACAGGACCUGCUGCUGGAGUCAUGACAGUUCGAGUAGCAGUCACUCAGAAACUCAGAGAGAAGAUCCCAUCAAUCGCAGCUGUUCAACUUAUAUAGAAAAACAAACUCUUUCUUGUAUGUUCCUUUCUUUGUAUUAGCAGCUCCUUUUGUAUAGUGUUGUUGUGCAUACAUAGAUACUGACUGUGUUUAACAUUUGAUAUUUUUGUACCCAAAUAAGUUUUGAACAUUUCUUGGUCAACUUAAUAAACCA